ACAUCUCUAUCUGCACAAGCCAAAUUUUUAAUUUUCCCUGGCAAGAUUCACGUUUCUCCCGAAAAUUUGACCCACAAAACAAUGGAAACCACCAGCUCCAGUCCAGUAAAGCCCCGGCGAAAAGACAAGGACGAAGAUGGCCACGCGGAGCAGGAGCAGGACUCCACGGACCAGGCGGGGGAGCCGCAGAGGAAACUCCUGCGGCUGGCCGAGACUUCCCCAGCGGAGGAAGUGCUUUUGAACGAGGCCUACCAGCAACCGGAACUUACCCAGUGGCUGCAGACCGCCUGGUCCGAGGAGAAGAGCCAAGGGAAGAAGGAGACUCAGACAGGAGCUCAGGUUUUCAGCGAUCCCUUCCAGAUCUGCCUGCUGCCCGGCCUGUUGGAAAAGGGCCAAAGCCAGGCGCUGGUCGCCGAGAUCAUCCAGAAGGUGCAGUGGUCGCGCAAGCAGAUGGACCUGUACGAGUUUUACCAAAGCACCGACCUCUCCAACAUGCCCGCUUGCCGACUGCUGACCAACUUCCUGCAGGUGCUGCGCAAACAAGUGCGACCCUGGCUGGAGAAGGUGACCAACCUCAAGCUGGACUACGUGUCUGCCUCCUGCAGCAUGUACACCUGCGGCGACUAUCUGCUCGUGCACGACGAUCUGCUCAAGGACCGGCGGGUGGCCUUCAUCUACUACCUAUCGCCCUGGGAUGGAGCGGAGGAGUGGUCGGAGUCGCAGGGCGGCUGCCUUGAGAUCUUCGGCAGUGACGACCAGUGCUUCCCGCAGUUCCCAGUACAGCGGAAGAUCGCCCCCAAAGACAACCAGUUCGCCUUCUUUAAGGUGGGUUCGCGCUCCUUCCAUCAGGUGGGCGAGGUGACCACAUUCGACUUCCCGCGUCUUACUAUCAACGGUUGGUUCCACGGCGAGACCAACGAGGCCUUCGUCGCCGACUCCCUGCGCGCCUUUCCCCGCCUGAAUUACCUGCAACCCGACAGCCUGAAUAAGCCACCACUCGGCCUGUUCCUCAACAAUGUGUACUUGAAGGGCGCUACACGCCGAAGCAUCCAAAAGCGGAUCGAGGAAAACUCUGAGAUCUGUUUGUACGAAUUUUUCAAGAGAGAAAAAUUCGAGUUGGCGCGGUCGCAGCUGCUGGCCGAUUCGGACACCCUAAAGUGGCGGAGACAAGGACCAGCAAACGCACACAACUACGAGGUUCUUGAUUUGACGACAGCCAGAGGCACCAUUCUGGAACUGCUGCAGCUUUUCCGCAGCCACGCCAUGUUUGAUUUGCUGCGGGAUUUUACCGAUCUGGAUUUGUCGGGCGCCGAUGCCCACAGUCCAAAAUGCAGCGUGGAGCUGCAGCGCUGGUCCCACGGCAACUACACAGUGCUGGGCGACGGUCUGGCCAGCGAGGAGAACACUUUAGACCUUGUCUACUACCUGAACGCGGCCGAAGGGGCAGCGGUGAUAACAUAUCUCUCGCCGGACGCCGAAAUGCCAGCGGCAAAGGCACCGGCGGAUGGCAGGCGGUCGGACUACGAUGGCGAGGAUGAGGACGAUUCCGUUUUGCUCACUAUCACGCCCGUGGACAACGCCCUAAACAUAGUGUACCGGUGCGAGGGCACCACAAAGUUCACCAAAUACGUGUCGCGUAACACGCCUCUGGAAAAGGGUCCGGUUUUUGUUAUUUCGUGCAGCUACAAGGAGUAGCAUGUGACUUUAUUUUACAACACUCGCACAAUUACUCCUCAAGGACUAUUCACAUUCAUACCGUUCUAUUGUACAGAAACUAAUUAACAUAAUAAAAUCUUUUAAAAACCCAUAA